CAAAAAGAAAAACAAAAGAAUUUGAGAGUUGUUAACACCCGACCAUGCCUUGACAGCUAAAGGCGACUUUUUCCUGUCGACGCCGACUUCAUCUUCCCCAUCUCUCCCUCUCUAUAUAUUUCUGUACUGAGAAAUUGUUUUGCAACCAGAUAACACGAAUCCAUGGACACUAGAGAGCUCUGAGAGUGAGUGAGUUUUUCGGAGAGAGAAAAAUGGGUUGUGGUAAUACGUUCUUCACUGUCCUCGUAACCUUCUCAGUAGCUCUAAUCACGUACAACAUAAUCAUCUCAGCCAAUGCCCCUCUCAAGCUCGAACUCCCUGGGCCCUCUCGAUCCUCUUCAUCGAGAAUAUCCGUCGACCCCAUCAUCAAGAUGCCGGUGGACAGAUCAAGAGGUGGGGCCGGUUCAAAAAGUCCCGGGCGUCUGUUUCACACGGCGGUCACGGCCUCGGACUCCGUCUACAACACCUGGCAGUGCAGGGUCAUGUACUACUGGUUCAAGAAAUUCAAGGACAGUCCCAACUCCGAGAUGGGUGGGUACACGAGGAUCUUGCACUCUGGGAAGCCCGACAAGUACAUGGACGAGAUCCCCACCUUUGUUGCCCAGCCUCUUCCUUCGGGAUUGGACCAGGGUUAUAUAGUUCUCAACAGACCAUGGGCGUUUGUGCAAUGGCUUCAACAAGCAGACAUUAAAGAGGACUACAUACUGAUGGCGGAGCCAGAUCAUAUUAUCGUCAAGCCCAUACCAAACUUAUCAAGAGACGGGCUUGGAGCUGCGUUUCCUUUCUUUUAUAUUGAACCUAAGAAGUAUGAGUCGGUACUGAGGAAGUAUUUUCCCGAGGACAAGGGACCAGUAACUAACAUCGACCCAAUAGGGAAUUCCCCUGUCAUAGUUGGGAAGGAAUCACUCAAGAAGAUUGCUCCCACAUGGAUGAAUGUUUCCUUGGCAAUGAAGAAGGAUCCUGAAACAGAUAAGGCUUUUGGUUGGGUGCUUGAAAUGUAUGCUUAUGCUGUGGCAUCUGCUCUGCAUGGAGUUGGUAACAUCUUGUACAAGGACUUCAUGAUUCAGCCUCCGUGGGAUACAGAAGUUGGCAAGAAGUUCAUAAUUCAUUACACUUACGGAUGUGAUUAUAAUAUGAAGGGUGAGUUGACAUAUGGGAAGAUAGGAGAAUGGAGAUUUGACAAAAGAUCUUACGAUGCUAUCCCGCCACCAAGAAACCUUCCAUUGCCUCCACCUGGUGUUCCAGAAAGUGUGGUGACACUGGUGAAAAUGGUCAAUGAAGCCACAGCAAACAUUCCAAAUUGGGGAUCGUAGGGACGAGAUCUGAGGCUAGGUUUCUGUAGGCAUAGCCAUGUUUUGAGCAUGGACGCACGUUAUUCGUACAGAUUUUGUGUACGUGAAAACUGUUGUUAACUACUUCUCUUUUAUAUAUAAACUGGAUUGGAU